AGGUAUAGAUUUAUCAUUGAAUUUCAAAAAAUUACUUUUUUUUUUCCUUUGAUAAAUCUAAAGGCUCACAUCAUUUGAGGUGUUGAAUACCUCAAAAUAUUAGUGAAGUUUUACAUAAUUUGCCAUACAUAAAAUAUAAAAUAAUAAAAGUUGGAGGUCACAUCAAUAAAUACAAAGAUUCCUUUUCUAGACUAAAAUUUAUUCAGGUGCUUUAACGAUAGUCAGUUUUCAGUAGAAGACCGCAGCUUAAUCCAUAAUAAAGAAAAAAAAAAGAGAGAGAGAAAAACAAAAGGAGUUACUUCACACAGGUCACAGUCUUCUCCGCCUCCUCGUUGAUGAUGUUAUGGGUUUUGAAUCCAUUCUAGAGGCUGCAUUUCCGUAUAUAUGAAAAAGGACACUUUGCUUUUGCAUUUAUUCACAUAAACAGGUUGUUUAUCUGAUUUUAGUUUUGGGUAUUGGCCAUUUGGGGACUCAGUUUUAGGUUCAUGCUAUGGGGAAAACUCCAACAAAAUGGCUUAAGAACUUGCUUCUUGGAAAGAAAUCAUCAAAGUCUAACCUUUCAAAAGGGAGAGAGGUACUGAAAUCUUCAAAUAAAGGGGAACAGUUGGUUUCUUCUAAGUUGCCUGUCCCGGAUGUAAAUGUGGAUGCUCCAAUUAUAUCAUCUGUACUGGUUGGACCCAUUGCUAGUAAUGAACUGGGCUCAGAAAUUGAAGCUUCUGCCAAAUUACAAAAUGAUGAAGCCAUCACAAUGAGUGCAAAAGAAGAUGGCUCUACAGAAGCUGCAAAUUGCUCUGAGUCCCCUGAAGAUGCUGAGAAAAUCAGGCUAAAGCAAGCUGCGACAAAGGCACAGGUUGCUUUUAGAGGUAAAGCAAGCUGCGACAAAGGCACAGGUUGCUUUUAGAGGUCAUGCGGCUCGUCGGGAAUUUCGAUCUCUUAAGGGCCUUAUAGUGCUGCAAGCACAUGUUCGUGGCCACUUGGUUAGAAGACAAGCUGUAUCUACUUUAUCCUGUGUGAAGGGAAUUGUUAAGUUCCAGACUCUAGUUCGACAC